AUGACCCUGGGCACGCUCCUCAACGGGCUGCUGGUGUCCGUGGUCGCCGCCCUGCUUUGGAAAUACUCCAAACUCAGCGAGCACGCGGCUUUACUGGAGGAAGAGCUCCACAUGACCCGGCAAUCCCAAGAGCUGUCCCAAGCGCGGAUCGACUACCACGUUGCGCUCGAAUCUUUACAGCAACUUGGGACACAGAUGAUUUGCACCGGGAAGAUGCACACGGAUCGUAUAUGCAGAUUCGACUACCUCUGCUACUGCUCCGACGCAGAGGAGUUUGUCUUUUUCCACUCCAAUUCCCACGACUCCGUGAAGCUGAUCAAGUUCGCGGACGACACCACCCUCAUUGGACUCAUCUCCAACAACGAUGAGUCCGCCUACAGGAGGGAGGUGGACCGGCUGGUGUCCUGGUGCAGUGGUAACAACCUGGAGCUGAACGCCCAGAAGACAGUGGAGAUGAUUGUGGACUUCAGGAAGAGCACUGUCCCCCCACCCCCACCCUCUGUGAUGGACUCCCCCAUCACCUCUGUGGAGUCCUUCCGUUUCCUGGGCACCACCAUCACCCAGGACCUCAAGUGGGAGCCGACCAUCAGCUCCCUCAUCAAGAAGGCCCAGCAGAGGAUGUACUUCCUGCGGCAGCUCAGGAAAGCCAAGCUGCCUGCACAGAUGUUGGUGCAGUUCUACACGGCCAUCAUCGAGUCCAUCCUCACCUCCUCCGUCACCGUGUGGUUCGCUGGAGCCACAGUCAGGGACAAACAGAGACUACAGCGCAUUGUGCGCUCUGCAGAGGAAGUGAUCGGCCGCAGCCUUCCAUCGCUGCAGGACCUCGCGGGUCAGGUUCUGCAGGUGGACAGUGAGGGGAGUCCUGGUCACAGAGAGAUGGGGUGGGAGUGGAAAAAACUCAACAUUUCCAUCUGGCAAUGGAGUGGACAGAGCCGGUGUCCUGGUUUCAGCUUCUCUGUACACACGUCCUCUGCGCUGCCCUUCACCACACUGCUCCGAGCUGAUGGUCAUUAUGGAUGA